CGAGUAGCUGCCCCGAGAAUGCCUGCUUCUAUGCGGAAACCCACUGGUUUUCACAUGCUCUCUAAUCUCAUCUUUUCAAAUCCACUUUCUCCUCCGUGACUGAACAAAAUAAAUUGACCAAGCGGAUUUUGCAAAGAUAGUAGGACACCUGAGUAUCUUGGUCAGGCACGGAAAGAGGCGGCCUGACCUUGGAAGUGGGACGGGGUCCUGCCGCGGGUCUUUUCGGAGUGUGACAUUCAGCCGGCCUUUCGGGGCGACGGUCUUUGCAUUCUAGCACCAUGGCUCAAUUUGUCCGUAAUCUCGCGGAGAAGGCCCCGGCGCUGGUGAACGCUGCUGUGACUUAUUCGAAGCCUCGAUUGGCCACAUUUUGGUACUACGCCAAGGUUGAGCUGGUUCCUCCAACCCCUGCUGAGAUCCCUAGAGCUUUUCAGAGCCUGAAAAAAAUAAUCAAUAGUGCUCAAACUGGUAGCUUCAAACAGCUUACAGUUAAGGAAGCCGUGCUGAAUGGUUUGGUGGCCACUGAGGUGUGGAUGUGGUUUUAUGUCGGAGAGAUCAUAGGCAAGCGUGGCAUCAUUGGCUAUAAUGUUUGAAGACCAAUCUUUAACAUCUGAUUAUAUUUGACUUAUUUGAGUACUCUUGGACCAUGUGUGAUCAGACUGCUAUCUGAAUAAAAUGUGUCAAAAAUC